AUGACCUCUCACGCCGUCAUGUGCGAAGAUAUGCGCGCUCACUUCAUGGCAGCUCUGAUGGAAACUACAAGUACCUCGGAAAGUCAGGCGCACGCGAUCAAUUCGGCCGUGGAUACAGCUUACCAGGAGAUUUGUGUCAUCGUCAUGCAAAAGGUCAUCCAUAGUCUUCUAGACAUUGGCAAUGCAUACAACGCAUAUUCCACCCAGGCCAAGAUGGUUGAAUUGCAGCUCAAAUCCCACCGCGCCAACCCAGUUCCCAACGCCAAGGCAAUCGAGACUUUCGAGAAGCUUUUGUCAGUCAUUCAACAACACAUGGCCGCCCACAAGGCUCAUGGAAUUGCAUUCAAGGCCGGUCUGCGCAACCCAGCCCAUGCCAACCCACAGGCCCUCCUGGACUUCAUGGCUGAUGACGGCAGGGGAUACAUGGCCAUGACGACGGAAUGGAACUCGAAGAGGUUCAUGGUCAUGAAAUCAGGUGGUCCAGAGAUUGCGACUGUGAUGGGGAAGUUCUUGGAGAAUCAGAUUGGUGCCGUGAAGGGCCAAGGUCCAGAAUUAGCAGCACGCAUGAGCCAGUGGGACAAGGACGAGAAAAAGGGCAAGGCCAAAAAGAGCAAGAAGAACAAGAAGGGCAAGAAGGCCAGUGCAGAGGGAGAUGUCCAAAUCUCCCUUUUACAUCCUAACAAAACCGAUGUCUUGCCUUUUCUUCACGGCAACUCCUCCGCACCCGGACGCUAUGCUCGAGCCACAGUUCAGAUCGGGGCCACCAAUUCCUCCGACGGAUACUGGCAGGAAUACAUGGUUGGCCCGCUAACAGCUGCGGAUCCAUCAACUGUCGAACCAUUGACUUACCCAUUCCAAAAUUCGGAACCUGGAAAGACUGUUAUGGAUACUGCCGAAUCUAACAACGAGUUUGGAAUGUUCAUCACACGGUUUGCCGAAGAACAUGAUGACAUCUGGCAGAGAUUGUUCAACAGCUCUUUCAUGGAUGGACUUGUUGGCCUUCGACUUGGCGCCCCUAACUGGGACGAGGAUGGUCGUGUCAUCGCCUGGACGUCGGUGUUCUCUGACCCCGGCACCAACCUCAGCAGUGUAACGGUUCUCCCACAUGGCUUUUCCAUCAAGUUCGAUCUUACAGGUCGCAACUGGGAAGACUGGAAGGUCAUGGGCUGGUAUUCACUCGGACAAUUCUGGGAAACUGCAGAUGAGUUCCGCGCCGUAAUCAACGCCCCCGAUUACCAGAUCAUGCCCCCGAGUGCGCAAGAUGGCGAUUGGUCUUCCACGGACCAGCGUGGUGAGCCCUGGCCUUUGGACGAUCUCCCUCCCCCACAGCCCGUAUCACAGGGACCACAGCGAUUCAGGAUUGACGAGGAAGAACAAUACGCCACUUGGAUGGACUUCAGCUUCUACCAUACCGUUUCCCAUGACAUUGGCCUUUCUCUCCACAACAUUCAAUACAAGGGGAAGCGAAUCAUGUAUGAGCUCUCUCUACAAGAGUCACUCACAGCCUACGCUGGUUCCGAUCCCUUUGCUUCUCAAGCGAACUUCUUCGACACUACCACUGGAAUGGGCUCUACACUGCAACCUCUCGUCAGAGGCUACGACUGCCCUGCGCAUGCCACUUAUCUGCCUGCGACCUGGACGCAAGUAAAUGAAACGAUGACCCAAAAGGACGCCAUUUGCCUUUUCGAACACGAUACCGCUUACCCAAUCCGCCGACAUUCCUAUGCUGGGUCGUCUCCCCAUACUAGUGUAGCAAAGAACAUUGUGUUUGUCAUGCGUACCAUUGCUACCGUUGCCAACUACGACUUCAUGAUCGACUACAGCUUUGCCUACGACGGUGCCAUCGAAGUCAAUGCCCGUGCGUCUGGAUUCAUCAGUGCUGCAUACUGGGACAACCAACCGGAAUACGGUUUCCAUAUCCACGACUUCUUGUCCAGUAGCAUCCAUGACCACGUCCUGACUUUCAAAGCCGACUUUGACAUCAAUGGAUUGAGCAACAGUGUGCAGGCAACGAAAUUUGUACCGACGACCACAACCUAUCCUUGGAGUCAAGGCCGCUUGCACAACACCUUCAAGGCCAACAGAACGUUCAUCGCAGACGAGAGCGAGGCAAGCCUUGAUUGGCACGACAAUGACGCAGUCCUCUUCGCUAUCGUCAACAAGGACACGCCGAACCGCUUCGGAGAGUAUCCAGGUUACCGGUUCAAGAAGAACGCAGGAGUCAACCAUCUCACGCAGACCAACUCGACGGGUACUGUCAACUCUGCCAUAUACGGAAACCACCACUUCUACAUUACGCAACAAAAGGACACGGAGCCUCGAGCUGCAGACCCAUUCAACAAGUUCAGGACAGCGGACCCACUCGUCAAUUUUGGAACUUUCUUGGACGGCGAGAGCUUGGACCAGGAAGACGUUGUUCUCUGGUUCAACCUGGGCAUGCACCACAUGCCGCAUACCGGCGAUCUGCCCAACACCAUGUUCAGUUCUGCACACUCGACCAUGCGCUUCGAGCCCUUCAACUACCUCGAAGGCGACCCAUCGGUGGCAACCAACCAGCAAGUGAGGAUCGACUACGACACCUCAGGAAACGUCGAAUACGUGGAGGAAUUCGGAAAGAUGGUUGCCAACGCGACCACAACCUGUCAUUGA